CGACGUGAACCACAAGGAACGGAAGCAGUUUUGAAUUACCUUAGCAUGUUAGCAGACAACUUUAUUUGAUAGGGAUCACUUGCCGAAUAAGUCUUCUCCUUAUUUUCUCUCCUAAUCGCUGCUGAGCGUGCACUUGGGAGAUGUUGCCCCUGAAGCAGAAGGAUAAGGAGAUCAUCAAGAAGCUGUUAGCCUCAGGUUGCUGCGCUCGCUGCGUCCUUAGGUUCUGCUGCAUCGGAGUCCCGGACGCCUAUAGGCACACACCACCGGAAACGCUGAGGCAGCUUCGAGCUUUCGUGAACGCCUCAGAGGACCGCGCGUCGUCCGAGUCGGAGGAAAAGAACAGUUCUCAGAAUGCCGCAGAGUUGGAACCGGCCAGCAAAAGAAGCAAACUGGAGACGGAGGAGCCGGCGGAGGAGUCGAGCGUGUGCGUGGUGUGCUUGGGCGUCCUCCAGCAUCUCAGCGACGUCAGCCAGGCUGUGCAGAUCGCCGACGCCGUCAGAAAGGAAAAGUACCAAGCGGACACUUUGGUGCUGUCCAUCUCGCUGCCUGCUCAGAUGUGCGUGCGCGAGCAUUCGUGUUGGCUUCAUGUGAAGGACCUAGUGAGAGCCAAAUGCUGCGUGUUGGGGCGUGAUGAUGUCAUCCAAGUGAAGGAAGCUUUCAAAUGGAUCAUGCAGGACCUGCUGGCCCAGGAGCUGGCCGGCGUUGCCGUGGCUACCAAGAGUGCGCUGGAGGUCAGCGUGGGCUUCACUCACCCGGAAACGGACGCCGACUGCCACUUCCUUGCGUCGACUUGUCCCGACUGCUUCAAAGCCACCAAGAACAAACCGUCCGUGUUCACUCGGAUGGCGGUGGUGAAAGCGCUGGAGAAGAUUCCGGACAGCAAAUUCAUCAAACACUCGCCGUGCCCGCCGUCCCGUCCGGGCGGCAGCUGCACGCCGCAGGACGUCCAGUGUGUCCACGUGUCCGUCUUUGUGGCCGGGCGCUACAAUAAGUUCUGCCGCAGUUUGCCGCAGACGCCGUGGCUCAUCGACGGCCAGCGACGGAUGGAGUCGUCCGUGGAGGAGCUCAUCGCCGCCCCCGUGCUCGCCGCCUUCGGAGCGCAAGGGUUUAAUUUCUCGUCAUCUGGCCGUGAAGACGUUGACGUCCGCACGCUGGGAAAUGGUCGACCGUUUGCGCUGGAGCUGCUGAACCCGCGCAAGAGCAAACUCAGCGAGGAGGACAUGAAGAGCGUGCAGCAGCUCAUCAACGCGUCCUCGGAGAAGAUCCGAGUGCGAGAUCUGCAGAUGGUCAGCAGAGAUGCCAUGAGUCGUAUGAAGGAGGGCGAGGAGGAGAAGACUAAGUCCUACCUGGCGUUGGUUUGGACGAAAAAGUCCAUCCAGAAAGACGACAUCGCCUUCAUCAACCACAUCAAGGACCUGACGCUAGACCAGAAGACACCUCUGAGGGUUCUGCACAGGCGCACGUUGGCGGUGCGCCAGCGCCUGAUCCACAGCAUGAACGCCAGCUUGCUGGACGAGCACCACUUCCGACUCACCCUCAAGACGCAGGCCGGGACCUACAUCAAGGAGUUUGUCCAUGGAGACUUUGGGCGUACUACACCAAACUUGUGUCAGCUGCUGGACACACACACGGAUAUCCUAGAACUUGAUGUACAGUCCGUCGACGUGGACUGGCCUCCCGCCCUGCCGGACUAAAUUGCACUCACACACAGGCACAGUCCACACGGAUCCGGUGCAAACGGGUCCAGUCGACAUUAACAGAGUCUGUUAAAUCUAUGUGGAUGUAGUCUACACAAAUCCUGUCAGAACAGGUCUGGUCCAGAUUGGUUGUUCCUACUCAGGGCUAUGUGAUUUUGUUUUUUGGGUUACACUAAUCUUAGUUGCUAAAUAUUGUUUUUUUGUUUUGUAACCCUUUUUUGAGGGUUGACUUUUAGUUAAUAGAUCGCCAUGGUAACAUGCUUGCGACAGUCGGAUGGCCGUGUCAAACCUUUUUUUUUUUUCUGCCAUUAAAAAGACUAAAUCAAACAGC